AUGAAAUUCCACCUAGGGUUGCUCGCCUUGGCCGCAACGGCGUCUGCGCAUGCUCAUCAUGACCACGACGAAGCUAUUCCUGACCAUGUACGCGAGGAAUUGCUGAAGAAAUGGGACCAGGAGUGGUCAUUCUCCGGCAUCGCCAGCUUCGCGCACUUGAAGCCGGUCAAGUGCCUAGUCGAGCCCGAUGAGCGAUACGAUAUCGCCGUCAUCGGAGCUCCCUUUGAUACCGCUGUCAGCUACAGGCCAGGUGCUCGGUUCGGUCCUAGAGCCAUUCGCGCCGCCAGUGCCCGCCAGAUGGCCGGCACCAGCUACAACACUCGCGCCGGAAUCAACCCCUACAGCUCCUGGGCUACGGUCAAGGACUGCGGCGACAUCCCCAUUACCCCGUUCGACAACGGUCUGGCCGAACGUCAGAUGUACGAGGCCUUCCUGGAGCUGGGUUCACGACCCGCCCUGACCGCGGCCGACUCCCAGUACGGUACCAAGGGCAUCUCGGCGGGCAAGCCCAAGUUGGUGACACUGGGCGGCGACCACAGCGUGGCACUACCGGCGCUGCGAGCCCUGUACCAGAUCUACGGGAAGCCGAUCACGGUGCUGCACUUCGACGCGCACCUGGACACCUGGAAUCCCGUGCGAUACUCGGCCUACUGGACCUCGGAGCAGGCGGCCUUCAACCACGGCAGCUUCUUCCACAAGGCCAGCCGCGAGGGCCUGAUCUGCAAUUCGACCUCGGCGCACGCCGGUCUGCGCACGCGGUUGACGGGGACCACGGACAGCGACUACACCAACCCCGGCCCGGAACAGGGCUUCAUGCGCAUCCACGCCGACGACAUUGAUGAUCUAGGCCCCAUGGGAGUGGUGGACCGCAUCGUCGAGCGCAUCGGCCUGGACCCGGAGCAGCCCGUCUACCUGUCGGUGGACAUCGACGUGCUGGACCCCGCGACGGCCCCCGGCACGGGCACGCCUGAGCCCGGCGGCUGGACGACGCGCGAGUUCAUCCGCAUCAUGCGCGGCAUUGAGAAGCUGAACGUGGUGGGCGCGGACAUCGUCGAGGUGUCGCCCAGCUACGACAACAAGGGCGAGACCACCGCUUUGGCCGCCGCCCAGGUCGCCUUCGAGAUCAUCACCAGUCUAGUGAAGGGCGGCGCCGGUGAGGAGCUAGGCGGAUGGUACGGACGCCAGGAAGUCGCGGCGGAUGAGAAAGCCCAGGAGACGGCGCCCAAGAAGGAUGAAUUGUAA